UCCUCCGGCAAUUGGGCAUCUACCCCAGCUGGCAGUUCGUGGACGUCUAUGGCUCCGACCCUGAGCUGCUCGGCUUGGUGCCUCGGCCCGUCUGCGCCCUGAUGCUGCUCUUCCCGGUCACCGAGAAGAAAAAGAUUCUUCCCUGAAGAAGUUCUUGGACGAGUCGGUGCCCAUGAACCCCGAGCAAAGAGCCAAAUACCUAGAAACUUAUGAAGCCAUCCGUGUGACGCACGAAUCCAGCGCUCAUGAAGGUCAGACUGAGGCACCAAGUAUAGAUGACAAAAUAGAUCUUCAUUUCAUCGCUUUAGUGAAUGUGGACGGCAUUCUUUAUGAACUAGAUGGACGCAAGCCUUUCCCGAUAAACCACGGGCGGUCGAGUGUCGACACGUUUUUAGAGGACGCCGUAGAAGUAUGCAAGAAAUUCAUGGAACGCGAUCCGGAUGAAUUGAGGUUCAAUGCAAUUGCUUUGGCAGCUGCCUAAAUCUGUUUGUUGUGUAAGAGGAAUUGGCAUCUCAUGUACUGUAACAAAACUAUAUUUUAUCCGCAAAUCAGCAACGAUCAAAUUUUGAUAACAUUGAUGUGAAUUAAAUUUCAGAUUACCCUUUG